AUGAAGCUCCUCGCCGCUGCUGUUAGCUUCAUCAUAGCCGCCGAAGGCGCCAGCAUUGAAACCAAUGUUCAAUCCCUUCUACAACAGGUUAUUGGAUUCGAUGCUAGGUCCAAGCCUAACAUUUUAUUCGUGAUCACCGACGAUCAAGAUCUCGAACUCGACUCGGUCGCAUACACUCCGCUCAUUCAAAAACACCUGCGAGACAAGGGCACCUUUUUCCGCAAUCAUUUCGUCACGACGGCGCUCUGUUGCCCCUCACGAGUUAGCCUGUGGACGGGUCGCCAAGCACAUAACACAAACGUGACCGACGUCAAGCCGCCCUACGGUGGAUAUCCCAAGUUCGUUGACCGCGGAUUCAAUGACAACUUCUUGCCGGUUUGGCUGCAGGAGGCCGGCUACGACACCUAUUAUACCGGCAAACUCUUCAAUGCUCACACAAUAGACAAUUACGACAGUCCCCAUGUGAAUGGUUAUAACGGAUCCGACUUUCUCCUUGAUCCUUACACUUACGCCUACCUUAAUUCGACAUAUCAGCGUAACCACGACCCUCCGGUGAGCUAUGAAGGCCAGCACACUACUGAUGUUAUUACGAAGAAAGCCCUAGGCUUCCUGAAUGAUGCAUUGGAAGGUGAGCGGCCCUUCUUUGUUACGAUCGCACCUAUAGCGCCACAUUCGAAUGUCGACCCCAGUGCUAUUGAAACCGGUGAGAUCACCAUGGGCGCCCCGAUUCCCUUGGAGAGGCACCAGCAUCUGUUUGAGGAUGUCAAGGUGCCUCGCACCAAGCACUUUAACCCCGACGAGCCGAGCGGCGUCAGUUGGGUCCGUGACUUACCUCAGCAGAACAAGACCGUUGUGGAUUACAAUGACUACUUCUAUCGCUCUCGCCUGCGCGCCCUGCAGGGAGUGGACGAGCUCGUGGAUAAUCUGGUUAAGCGACUGGAAGAAAGUGACAAGCUGGACAACACCUAUAUAAUUUAUACCUCUGACAACGGAUUCCAUAUCGGCCAGCAUCGAUUGCCACCAGGCAAGACUUGCGGCUAUGAAGAGGACAUCCGAGUGCCCCUGUUCAUUCGAGGCCCUGGGAUACCGGAAGGCCAUGUUCAAGAUUCGGUGACGACUCACAUCGAUUUGGCUCCCACCAUCUUCGACCUGGCGGGCAUCCCACCACGCUCGGAUUUCGAUGGCACUGCAAUCCCACUGACGCUCGACUUUGAUGGAUUGCGCCACGAGCACGUUACAGUCGAAUUCUGGGGAAAGGCUGUUAUGGAGGGCUCCUUUAGCGCUAUCGGCCCAGGAGGCUCCGCGAUGAUUCCCAACAACACGUACAAGUCGCUUCGCCUGCUGGGAGAGGGAUACAACUUGUACUAUUCCGUCUGGUGUAACAACGAACAUGAACUCUAUGACCUUUCGACUGACCCUUAUCAACUGUACAACCUUUAUCCACACGGUGCUCAAACAGAUGAUGGCGAGCCUCGAAUUCUCGGUCGCAGUCUGUCUCAGGCCGUCAACAGGCUGGACGCGCUCCUCCUCGUGUUGAAGUCCUGCCAAGGGGGGACCUGCAUCGAACCGUGGAAUGUUCUCCAGCCCGAGAAUCCAGUUAGAAGCUUCCGGGAUGCUCUUGACAAGCAUUAUGAUGCUUUCUACAGAGCACAGCCCCGAGUCUCUUUCGACUGGUGUGCUGCAGGGCAUAUUGUCGAAGCCGAAGGUCCUCAAGUGCCGUUGACCACGCGUUAUGGCAUUUCCUGGGAUAAUUGGGUUUGA